ACAUUCUGCAAAACAAACCUCUAGGUCUUGCAGCUGCACAUAUACACAAACCGUGCACAGACUUGGGAGCACUCAAACGCGAGCGGACACACACACACACAGAAACACACAGACAGACACACAGACACAGAAACACACACACACACACACACACACACACACACACACACACUCAGAGCGGGGAAGUUAGUACUGCCUAACCGGUCGGCAGAGAACAACAGGCUUUCUGUAAAGUCAGGAUAGCCAGCCUGGAGAGAGGAAGGUGCGGACGAACUGCCCAUGGCUGACUUGAGCUUCAUUGAAGAUUCUGAACCCUACACGGGAAAGGAGGAAGAUGAUGAAGAGGAAGAGGAGGAGGAGGGUGUGGAGUGGGGUUACGAGGAAGGAGUUGAGUGGGGCUUGGUGUUUCCUGAUGCUAAUGGAGAAUAUCAGUCUCCUAUCAAUUUGAAUUCCAGAGAAGCCAGAUAUGAUCCCUCACUGCUGGAUAUUCGUCUGUCUCCAAAUUAUGUGGUGUGUCGUGAUUGUGAAGUCACUAAUGAUGGACAUACAAUUCAGAUUGUUCUUAAAUCGAAAUCAGUUCUUACAGGAGGACCAUUGCCUCAAGGACAUGAAUUUGAACUAUAUGAGGUCCGAUUUCAUUGGGGAAGAGAAAAUCAGCGUGGUUCUGAACAUACUGUUAACUUUAAAGCUUUCCCUAUGGAGCUUCAUCUUAUCCACUGGAAUUCCACCCUUUAUAGCAGCAUUGAUGAGGCAGUGGGGAAAACACAUGGAAUAGCAAUUAUUGCUUUGUUUGUUCAGAUAGGGAAAGAACACAUUGGCUUGAAGGCAGUGACUGAUGUUCUUCAGGAUAUUCAAUACAAGGGAAAGACUAAAAUAAUACCCUGCUUUAAUCCAAAUACUUUGUUACCAGAUCCUCUUCUGCGUGAUUAUUGGGUAUAUGAAGGCUCCCUUACUAUCCCACCUUGCAGUGAAGGUGUUACUUGGAUCUUAUUCCGAUACCCUUUAACUAUAUCCCAGAUACAGAUUGAGGAAUUUCGAAGACUGAGGACCCAUGUUAAAGGUGCAGAACUCUUAGAGGGCUGUGAUGGAAUUUUAGGAGACAACUUUAGACCCACUCAGCCACUUAGUGACAGAGUAAUCCGAGCUGCAUUCCAAUAGCCAAAGAGACCAAGAAUGAAUUAAUCUUCAUCCAGGGAGGAGGAGACAAUGGUCCCUCAGUGCACUCGGAUAAGAAAUGGAAAAUGUGGAGGCGCUGCUUCAGUUUAUUAACAAAGCCUGCAUUGUCUGCCUUCAUCUAAUUCCACUUUGAUAGACAGCUGGGCCAGUUACUCUGUCCAUACAAUCCAGUGAAAUUUUAGAAAUGGCUAUAUGUUGAAAAGAACCAUUUUAUAUUCUCAAGUUACUACUGUUAAUAUUCUCUAAAUAUUCCUAUUUUUCCUUCUCAGCGUUUUAUAGUUGUAUGCAAUUUGAACAAUACUAUUUUUUUCUGGUUUGUUGUAAAUGUGAACAUGUAGCAUGUAUCAGUUUUGUAGACAGUUGGAAAAAACUGACCCUAAUUCCUGACUGUAACUGAAAAUUCUACUCACUUAGUAGAUGGCAUAAUUCAUGUUAAUAAAAUUAAUAUUUCAAUCAAGAAAAGCAUAUAACUUCAAAAUGAGGUAUAAAAGCAUGGUGUAGAAAAAUAAUAUGUGUAGUUUUCUCUCACCAUUUCUAUACCUCUCUACUAAAAGUACCUGGAGGGUGUACACAUGGGAAUGUUAGCUUUGUACAUAUGGCCUAUGGAAAGUUUUUUGGUAAUUAUCAACCUGAUAGAAUAUACACAUUUAUAUAUUUCUUAUAUUUUAAGAAGAUGGAAUCUACUUGAGAUUGAGAUGCUAUAUAAUUUUCUGGGAAUGAGCAGAUAAAUAGAUAAGAAAAGACAGACCAGAUAGAAUGUGAAAGAGAAUUUUAAAAAAUGUACUUAGAUUCUAGGAGUACUUUAUAGAUAAUAACUGGACAUACUAUUUAUAAGUAUAUAUUCAUUUCGAUAAAUUAAAGUGGAAAGUUAAUAAGGUACUUGUUUAAUUAUUAUUGCUCUGUUUCUAGGAUUUUAUACUUCUAUCAAUGAAUUUCAAUUUUAAAAUAAAUAUACUCAUAUUUUCAGUUUGCAUGGAACAUAGGAAAGUCCCCCCAUGGCAGAACACAGCAGUUUUAAAUAGUUAACAAAUUUAACAAUUUACAAUUUUACUAAACAGCAGUUAAAAUUAGUAAAAUUAAAACAGAGUUAUAGUAGCAUCAUCCUGCUUUGGUGUGAAUUUAUGGCACAAAAUGACAUUGGAUAAUUUUUGUACCCUUAUACAUAGAAUAUUAUGGAUUAGCAAAUAGAAUAAAUCCCAAAGCAAUAUAUCUUUGUUCAAAAUAUCAAAACUAAAAAUAGAAAUUCUAAUAAAGAUGUAAGAAUGCAUUUUGAU